CUCUCUCUUUCUCUUUCUCUCUUUCUCUCUUUCCCCCAAACUCGUAUGGAGACGAUCGGGGAAGCAGGGGGGAGCGCUUCUACUCCCGAAGAGCUUCGGGGGAGCGCGGCGGAGGAGCAGAAGCAGCGAGAAUCUCUCGAGGAGGUGCUCUCGAGGCACAGGAAAGAGAUAAUUGAACUCCAAAACAAAGAAAUCAGCCUUAAAAAAGUGGCUGCCAAAGGCAGCAAAGCUGAACAGAAAGCCAAAAAGAAGCAGGUGGAAGAUGAGAUAUCUCGACUCACAUCUCAACUUGAAGCAAAACACUCCGAAGAGCUUUCGUCUUUGGGCUACAAAAGCUCUAACAACUCGGAAAGAGAGAACCUUGAAAGUCUAGUCAAAGCUAUAGCCGGUAUUUCUACUAAUAGUAAAAAUGAAUCUCCAAAACCUAGCAAGGGAGCAAGGCGGCGUGGGAAAAGAGCCCAAGAGGAAGCAGCUAGAGAACAAAGAAUCCAAGAAGAGCAAAAUACUAUUAUAAGUGAUCGAAUGAUCGAGAAUGAGAAGCUUGAAGAAGAGCUUAAGCCAUUAGGGCUUACCAUCAACGAGAUCAAGCCGGAUGGCCACUGCCUCUACCGAGCGGUUGAGGACCAGCUUUCCCUCCAUUCCAAAAGUGCUUCCCCGUACAACUAUCAGGAGCUCCGAGUAAUGGCGGCCAAGUAUAUGAGAGAGCAUGCAUCGGACUUUUUGCCCUUUUUCUUAUCAGAGAGUAAGAUUGAACUUGAUUCGGAUUGCACGCCAUUGGAGGGAUUCGAGAAGUAUUGCGAAGAGGUUGAGAAAACGGCUUCUUGGGGCGGGCAACUUGAACUUGGGGCUCUCACCCACUGCCUGAAGAAGCACUUUUUAAUAUUUUCGGGUUCUUUCCCUGAAGUUGAGAUGGGGAAAGAAUACAAAUCCGAUGAAAAUCCGAGCAUUUUGCUAUCAUAUCAUAGACAUGCUUAUGGUCUCGGUGAGCACUAUAAUUCCAUAGUUCCAAAUGGAACGAGGUAAUAGAAGUUUCUCUCUGUCUCCUUUUAUCUUUGUAUAAGAAUGCUCUGCCAGAGUACCACUUGUUGCAUUUACACUACAUUUUAUGACAUUUUCGCUUGUUCUUCUUUGAUUGUCU